AGAGAGAGAUCGAUCAAAGGCUGUUUGGGAGUAGCCCACAGGAAAGUGGAGAGUCUCCCUUUGGCAUGGCCCCUGGUUUUGCACCAAGACUAAUGGUAUCUCGGCCAAACCCCCCAAACCCCUUCGCCUCUUAUACUCCCAAAUCUCCAUCACUCCGCAACUGGGGUUUCCCCACCUCGCGCUCCAAUCCCCGACCCCUUUCCCUCUCCGCCAGGAGGAAUCCCCAGAAGAAAGAUCUUUUGGGAUUUUUCUUCAAAUCUUAUGGGCAGAAUUCUACACGUAUAGAGCCAUCAAAUCCCAUCCCUUCUUCUCUUCCCCUUCCCCCCACUACAAAGCAAUCGAACUCCGCCCCCCUCUUCUUCUCCAAAGUCCCAUCUUUCUCCCCAUUUCUCAACCAUCAGGAAUCUAGCAAUUCUAGGUUCCUCCUGAUUUGCGGUACACGAUAGGUCCUGAGGGCUUUGGGGGGGUGGGGAGAGUGGGGCCGAUCUUGAUGAGGGUUGACGGCAGCUUGGCGGACCGGAAGGGGAAGGAGGAGUCGGCGGCCGCGGCUGAGGGGGCCGCGGCUGCGGCGGCGGGGGCGGGGGCGAAGUGCAAGUCGUCGAAGAAGGGCAAGCGGCGGAAUAAGAAGGGCAAGUCGGCGACGGUCGUCCAGAGGCUGUUCGAUACCUGCAAGUCCGUCUUCGCCAAUUGCGGACCCGACAUCGUCCCGUCCCCGGAGGACAUCGAGCGCCUUCGAGCCAUUCUUGAUACUAUGAAACCAGAAGAUGUUGGUUUAACUCCAAACCUGCAGUAUUUUCGCAAUGCUGUGUCUGAAGGACCUCCUCUGAUAACAUACUUACGCGUUCAUGAAUGUCCCAAGUUUUCGAUAUGUAUCUUUUGUUUGCCUAAAUCCGCCGUCAUACCACUUCAUAAUCACCCAGGAAUGACCGUCUUUGGCAAGAUUCUUUUCGGCUCAAUGCACGUCAAGUCGUACGAUUGGGUCGAUAAUCCUCAGAACUCCAGGGAGACAAUUAGAAAUGCAGAUGGUGCACGGUUGGCGAAGGUUAAAACUGAUGAUGUUUUCAAAGCACCAUGCGAGACAUCCAUACUUUAUCCGGCGGCUGGAGGCAACAUGCAUCGUUUUACUGCGGUGACCUCUUGCGCGGUGCUUGAUGUGCUUGGCCCACCUUACUCUAAAUCCGAAGGAAGGGAUUGCGCAUAUUAUAAUGAUCUCCCAUAUUCAAGCUCCUCUGGCGAUGCUGUUUUGGUUCCUGGCGAGCAUGAGGGGUAUGCUUGGCUGAAAGAGAUGGAGGGACAACCUGAUGACUGCAUUGUAGUGUCUGGUGAAUACAAGGGCCCAAAAAUUGUGGACCACUGAAUAUAUAAGUUGUGGCGAUGAUGCUGCAGUUCUUGCAGCAAAGCACAGCGAUUCUGCAGUUUGGGUCCGGUGUAGAUACACGAAAGAAGAAUGGGAAAGGGGAAAAGUUAAAGAGAGGAAGGCCAACAAUUCUGUUUUAUAGGUUAUAAAUCUUUAGUGCAAGAAGUUCCUGGCAUUGCCCUGAAGGCAUGUUUUCAAAGUUUUAUUAAAUUUAACCUUGCACCAUUGGAGUUUUUAACUUUUAUUUAUGGCUUCGUUGGCAAGUGGUCAUGGAAGAAAUAUAAUUUCGAAUGGUUUGAGACCAAAUUAUUAUCUGAGAUCGGUACCCUCUUUUUUAUUUUCAGCU